AUGCCGAUUGCUAACGGAGACUUCGCCAAUGGCACCCCUAUCACGCGUAAAGUCGAGAAACUGGACUAUCGGACCGCCCUGCAAGUCCUGGAGUCCGACUACGAAACUCGCGAUGGCCUCGACAUCAACAAACUGCUGGACUCGAAUAAAAAUGGAGCUCUCACUUAUAACGACUUUCUCAUUCUGCCUGGAUAUAUUGGUUUCCCGGCCUCCGAGGUCACCCUCGACUCCCCCAUUACCAAACGAAUCUCUCUGAAGACCCCCCUUCUCUCUUCGCCUAUGGAUACCGUUACUGAGGAUGCUAUGGCCAUUCAUAUGGCUUUGCUCGGCGGUCUCGGCGUCAUCCACCAUAACUGCUCUGCCGAGGAGCAGGCCGACAUGGUUCGCAAAGUCAAGAGAUACGAAAACGGCUUUAUCUCCGACCCUGUCGUUCUCUCCCCUAAGACCACUGUUGGCGAGGCGAAAGAGCUGAAAGAGAAGUGGGGAUUUGGCGGGUUCCCAGUCACUGAGAGUGGGCAGCUGAAGUCCAAGCUUAUUGGCAUCAUCACCACUCGCGAUAUCCAGUUCCACCCUCGCCCAGACGACCUGGUCACAGAGGUCAUGUCAAAAGACCUGAUCACUGCACCAGCUGGAACGACCCUGGCCGAAGCCAACGAUGUUCUGCGCAAGUCAAGAAAAGGUAAACUGCCUAUUGUCGACUCACAUGGCAACCUAGUUUCUCUCCUUUCCCGAUCCGACCUCCUCAAGAAUCUAAAUUACCCUCUUGCCUCCAAACUACCCCAUUCGAAACAGUUGAUUGCGGCUGCCGCAAUUGGCACUAGGCCCGAGGAUAAGAUCCGAUUGCAGAAAUUGGUUGAUGCCGGGCUGGAUAUUGCGAUUCUGGACAGCAGCCAGGGCAACAGCAUGUAUCAAAUCGACAUGGUCAGAUACAUCAAGGAGAAGUACCCUGAACUUGACGUCAUUGCUGGAAAUGUGGUGACGCGAGAACAAGCCGCGAAUCUUAUCGCUGCAGGUGCCGAUGGCCUGAGAAUCGGCAUGGGCAGCGGCAGUGCUUGCAUCACACAGGAGGUCAUGGCUGUGGGACGACCUCAAGCUACAGCUGUUCACGCCGUUUCGUCCUUUGCCGCCAAAUUCGGCGUGCCCUGCAUUGCCGAUGGAGGUAUACAGAACGUCGGCCACAUUGUCAAGGGAAUCGCGAUGGGUGCCUCGACAGUCAUGAUGGGUGGUCUCCUUGCCGGCACCACUGAGUCUCCUGGCCAGUCCUACAUCAAUCGUGAAGGUAAGCUUGUCAAAGCUUACCGGGGCAUGGGCAGCAUCGACGCCAUGGAAGACAAGAAGGCUGGCGGAGGAGGCAAAAACUCCAAGGCCAGCAAUGCCGGAACGGCGAGAUACUUCUCAGAGGGUGAUCGAUUGUUGGUCGCACAGGGCGUCUCGGGGGCAGUGCUGGACCGAGGUUCUGUCACCAAAUUCGUGCCUUACCUGCUCGCUGGUCUACAACAUUCUCUCCAAGACAUUGGCUGCAAGAGCUUGGUCGAGUUUCGCGACGAGGUGAACAGCGGCAAAGUGCGAUUCGAGCUCCGGACCGUCAGUGCCCAGGCCGAAGGGAACGUGCAUGGGUUGGACAGUUUCGAGAAGAAACUCUACUCCUAG